AUGACCGCGGAAACGUCCACCAUUCCCACAUCCGCCCUGGGAAGCGCGCAGAAACUUGAGCGCCGUAACGGCGCUCUCGUGGCGAUUCCACACGUCGUUGCGAAAACAGGAUAUAAAGCAUCCAACGCGUACGGCUCCAGAGCUUCGUUCACGGCCGAAACGACGUCUGCAUUCUUCCAAUCUAAAGUUCUCGGCGCCGCUCGAGAUGUCUCCUGCCGCGGACGCAAGUCGCUCAUGCCUUACGAUCCGAACGCCCCUCGUAACCGCCCUCGGGAAAGCCUCCGGAGCGUACACGGCCAAAGAUUCGGCCCCGCCUGCCCCGAACAGCGCAAGCGCGAGCGAUAUCGCGGUGCCAGUUCAAUCUCCCUCGCCGACGGAUCCAUCCACCAACCGUGGCGCACGACGAACCAAAUCAUGCGCCCAACCGCCGCCGUCGUCGCCACCACCGGUCUAGAUAACCCCGGUAUUUCCUCCGUGAUCGCAAGACGCGAGCACGCCCGACAGCGAUGA